CAAAAAAUAAAAAAGGAAAUAAAUCUGAAAUUCUUGAAAACUGAAAGCAUCGAAAGCACUUUAUACUUGUAUAUGAGUCUUGUUCCCAUAAUGGUUGGUUGUAAAUUGUAAUGCAAUUUGUCAUAAAUGGAAUCAAUCCGUCAAAUAUUCUCUUAAUAUUAACGUAUCAUUAGUCAUUAUGGAAAUGAUUCUCUAGCGAUUUGCUUCUUCAGAAACAUUCUGAUACAGUUUUAUAUAACACAUUCAAGAUCAUGUCAUGUUUUUUUCUUUGUAGGUUGUAGCUGUUGAGAUCUGUCACUAUGAUCAGUUCGAAGAAGAUGGAUAGAAUCAGCAAUCUACCAGAAGCUCUGAUUAGCCACAUAUUGUCAUUCCUCCCCACAGAAGAAUCUGCUUUGACUUCAGUUCUCUCCAAAAAAUGGCGGUACCUGUUUGCUUACAGACCAAACCUUGACUUCGAUGGCUCGGUCAUACGUUUUCAUCCUGAUACGUGUGAACGGGAAAAGACUCAGGUUCUGAUAGUCUUUACUUAUUUUGUGGAUAGAGUGUUGGAGUUGCAAGGGAACUCUACUCUAAAAAAGUUCUCUUUAAAGUGUGGACACGGUGUUGAACCAGACUGUGUCACACCUUGGAUAUUAAAUGUGUUGGAACGUGGAGUAUCAGAUCUUGAUUUACACGUUACCCUGGCUGGGCUUUGCCUCCCUUCAAAGAUGUUUAUGAGCAAGUCACUGGAGAGGCUGAGGAUAGAAUCUGAAAAUGUCAUAGGAAUUGAUAUGGAAGAUGUGUUUCUUCCAAAGCUUAAGACUCUUCACAUCAACAAAGUCAUGUUAGGUAAAGGUGGAGAUUUCUUUGAAAAGGUUACUUCUGGUUGUCAUGUCCUUGAAGAGUUAAUUCUGAUUCAUGUCUACUCUGAUUUUUGGAUCCGUUCUGUGUCUUCCAAACCCCUCAAGAGACUGAUCCUAUCUUGUAUAGACUGUGAUAAAAAUCCGCAUAGUGUUUCAUUUGAUACACCCAAUGUUGUCUACUUGGAGUACUCUGAUUUCGUAGCGGGCAAGUAUCCAAAGGUGAAAUUUGAUUCACUAGUUGAAGCUAGUGUCGACCUUGCAAUGACAAGUGAGCAGCAUGAACAUGCAAGCUAUGAACAUUCGGUGGGGGAUGUAACAGAUUUUCUCAUGGGAAUACGCAGUGUCCAGACCCUUUUCGCAUCUGCCAACACUCUUGAGGUUCUUACAUUCUGCUGUGAUCAUAUACCUGUGUUCCACAACAUGUUUAGUUUAACUAUUCAGACAUGCAAGUCAGGAUGGGAAUCAUUACCUGCUUUACUCAAGAAAUGUCCAAAUCUUGAGACCCUGGUCUUUGAUGGACUCAGCCACACAUAUACAAUCAAGUGUGAGGAUGUUGAUGGGUGCCUAUGCAAGUUUUCAGGGGAGGUUCCUACUUGCUUAUCAUCAAGUCCAGUGAAGGUUUUACAGAUUACGGGAUUUGGUGAAGCUGGUGUAGAGACAGAGACAGAGCUGAUCAAGUACUUCCUUGAGACAAUGCCGCAACUUGAACAGCUGAUAAUAUACUAUGAUACAUUGUUUGAUGAUGAUGUGAUUGAACUGUCAAGUGAACUUAAGAGGUUUCCCACAAAAGCUUCACCAAGUUGUGAGAUUCAAGUAAUCUUUGGUGACCCCAGCAGCUAAACCAAGAUUCUCUCUUCUUCUUUCUGCCUUUUGCUUUCAAGUUUUUGUGACUUUGUGUUUGAUGAUUUGUGCUAUUUAUUGAGACAGCUGGAUUAUCUUUUGCUUGUUUUGGUUCUUAGUAUGAGUGGCUGGUUUUGUUAUACAGAUCACUCUUCUAAUAAUAAACUUUCCGAAACAUUGCAUUGUUAUUGUGUGAAUAUGUGAACAUAAUAUACUCUAUCAACAAAAUGCAGCAUCACAAGUAGAACAUUUUUGAAACGCAACAGACUACGGUCUAGUUUCUACUCCACUUCACUAACACUUAAAUAACAAUGACUCCUAUAGAAAGUCAGGUCUCAUGUUAAGCUUCUUCUCCAUUGAAAGACAGCAUCUAUAAAUAAAUAAAAAAGCAAAAUAUGAACCCAACUUUCUCACAACAAAAGCAUAAAACACACGGACACUAACCAACGUAGUUGAAUUAAUAAAUCUUGA